UGGCGGGUCAUUAUGCUGCUCCACCUGUGUAGUGUUAAGAAUCUGUACCAAAACAGGUUCCUGGGCCUGGCAGCCAUGGCGUCUCCAUCUAGGAACUCCCAGAGUCGGCGCCGGUGCAAGGAACCGCUCAGAUACAGCUAUAACCCCGACCAGUUCCACAACAUGGACAUCAGGAGCAACGCCCACGAGGCUGUCACCAUUCCCAGGUCCACCAGCGACACGGACCUCGUCACCUCCGACAGCCGCUCCACGCUGAUGGUCAGCAGCUCCUACUACUCCAUCGGGCACUCUCAAGACCUAGUGAUAUACUGGGAUAUAAAGGAGGAAGUGGAUGCAGGGGACUGGAUUGGCAUGUAUCUCAUAGAUGAGGUCUUGUCUGAAAACUUUUUGGACUACAAGAAUCGUGGCGUCAACGGCUCUCAUCGUGGUCAGAUUAUCUGGAAGAUUGAUGCCAGCUCUUACUUUGUGGAACCUGAAACAAAAAUCUGCUUCAAAUACUACCACGGCGUGAGUGGAGCCCUGCGAGCCACGACCCCCAGCGUCACGGUGAAGAACAACGCGGCUCCCAUUUUUAAAAGCAUCACCAAUGAAGAUUCCAUCCAGGGACAAGGAAGUCGGAGACUGAUCAGUUUUUCACUGUCAGAUUUCCAGGCUUUUGGUCUGAAGAAAGGAAUGUUUUUCAAUCCAGAUCCUUACCUGAAGAUCUCCAUCCAGCCUGGCAAACAUAGCAUCUUCCCAGCACUUCCUCAUCAUGGACAGGAGAAGAGAUCCAAGAUCAUGUGUAACACUGUUAACCCUAUCUGGCAAGGAGAGCAGUUCAGCUUCGUCUCCCUGCCCACYGACGUCCUGGAGAUAGAAGUAAAGGACAAAUUCGCAAAGAGCCGGCCGAUCAUCAAGCGCUUCCUGGGAAAGCUUUCCAUGCCGGUGCAGCGCCUCCUGGAGAGACACGCCAUCGGGGACAGGGUUGUAAGCUACACUCUGGGCCGCAGGCUUCCUACAGAUCACGUCAGUGGCCAGCUGCAGUUCCGAUUUGAGAUAACUUCUUCCAUCCACCCAGAUGAUGAGGAGGUCUCCAUUAGUGCAGACCCUGAGCCAGCUGACCUCCAGGAAAGCCCUGUGAACAACCCCACAGAGGAAAGCCUCGGUGAGCCUCCAUGCAUCAACACAGUGACCUCAGAAAGUACAGCUCCAGAACAGCUAAAUGGAUACAGUGUGAACAAUAUCGAUAGCCCAGGGGCUAUCAGACCACCUGGGGAAGGCCACCACAACAGCUUAAAUGAAGAGCUAGCAGGAGAUGGGGAGGUUGAUGCGGUGCCGUUUGUUGAACCCUUGGAAUCGAACUCAGGAGAAGUGCUGCCUUCUUUGAGUGCCACGGACCUCACGGAGCAACUGGCUCUGCUGGCCUGCGUGUCUCCUCCCGAGACUGAAGUUAGGGAAAAUAAUAAAGCCAACUUUGGUUCUCAGGGAGAUGGUGAAGUCUUAACCAGCAUAGAAGCAUUAGAUAUUGAUGAGGUGAGUGCAGAUGUACAUGCUGGCAAGGAUCUAGAGAAGAACCAGGACGAAGAAGGGGCUUCAGCCCAGGAAGACGAAGACAACAAGCUGCAGCUAAGGACCACGGCAAAGAGGAAAAACAGGCCUUGCUCCCUGCCCGUGUCCGAGCUCGAGACAGUGAUCGCUUCUGCCUGCGGGGAGCCGGAGACGCCGCGCACGCACUACAUACGGAUCCACAACCUGCUGCACAGCCUGCCCUCGGCGCAGAUGAGCAGCGACGGGGAGGAAGAGCAAGAGCAAGAGGCCCGUAACGACGGCGAAAACGAUGAGGAGUCCACGGUGAAGGAGGCGCUGGAGAAGGACACGGUCAGCGAGAGCGAGACGGUGGCAGCAGAGCCUCCCGCGGAGAGCGAGGCCGAAGAGACCCUGAGGCAGUGCGCGGCGCCUGCCGCCCCCUCCGCCGAGCACCUCGCCGGCUCCACCGAAGGGCUCCUGGAUGGGGAGCAGCCCGGCACAGGCAGUGAGAGCGAGUGCAGCUCCCGGCCCAACGGGGACAACGAGUGCGAGGCGUGUGACACCUCGUGCUACAGCCCCUCGUGCUACAGCACCUCCUGCUACAGCACCUCCUGCUACAGCACCUCUUGCUACAGCACCUCCUGCUACGACAGCAACAACCGCUUCUCCAGCCAUACCCGCUUCUCCUCUGUCGACAGCGCAAAGAUUUCUGAGAGCACGGUCUUCUCCUCCCAGGAUGAUGAGGAAGAGGAGAACAGUGCUUUUGAGUCAGUGCCAGAUUCAGUGCAGAGCCCCGAGCUGGACAGGGAGCAAGUGGAUGGCUCCUCCCAGUGGCCAGAUGAACUAGUAGCUCAUGGUGGGAAUCCACAAAGAGCCCCAGAGGGUCUAGACACUCCAAUAGCAGGUCCAAGCAGCAGAAGAGAAGGUGAUUGCYCUUUACUCCAUAAUUCUCAGCCAGUCAGCCAGCUUCCUUCCCUGAGGCCUGACCAUCACCACUACCCAACUAUCGAUGAGCCUCUUCCACCAAACUGGGAGGCGCGCAUCGACAGCCACGGCCGGGUGUUCUACGUGGACCACGUCAACCGCACCACCACGUGGCAGCGCCCCACGGCCGCCGCCACGCCCGAGGGCAUCCGCCGCUCCGGCUCCGUCCAGCAAAUGGAGCAGCUCAACCGGCGAUACCAAAAUAUCCAGCGAACGAUUGCAACGGAGCGGACUGAGGAUGAUGCCAUCGUUAACAACAGAGUGGAAAGGGUUCCCACGGGGGGAGGCAGUGACUCCGAGGCAGAGCCCUCCCAGACAAGCUCAGAAAUUAGGAGGGAAGGUUCCCUUUCUCCCGUGAAUUCUCAAAAAAUCACCUUGUUGCUGCAGUCUCCMGCUGUGAAGUUCAUCACCAAUCCUGAGUUCUUCACCGUGCUGCAUGCAAACUAUAGUGCCUAUCGAGUCUUCACUAACAGUACCUGCUUGAAGCACAUGAUCCUGAAGAUCCGUAGAGAUGCUCGUAAUUUUGAACGCUAUCAGCACAACAGAGACCUGGUAAAUUUUAUCAACAUGUUUGCUGAUACCCGUCUGGAACUUCCUCGUGGCUGGGAGAUCAAAACUGACCAACAGGGCAAGUCUUUCUUCGUCGACCACAACAGCCGUGCGACCACUUUCAUAGACCCCAGGAUCCCCCUGCAGAACGGCCGUCUCCCCAACCACCUGACGCACCGGCAGCACCUGCAGCGGCUGCGGAGCUACAGCGCUGGGGAGGCCUCCGAAGUCUCGCGGAACAGAGGAGUGACUCUCCUGGCCAGGCCAGGCAAUAGCCUCGUGACAGCUAUUCGAAACCAGCACCAACACGAGGCGUUACCUCUGGCUUACAAUGACAAGAUUGUUGCUUUUCUACGCCAACCCAACAUCUUUGAGAUGCUGCAGGAGCGUCAGCCCAGCCUGGCCAGAAAUCAUGCGCUCAGGGAGAAGAUCCAUUACAUUCGGACAGAGGGUACACAUGGCCUUGAAAAGUUGUCCUGUGAUGCAGAUUUAGUAAUUCUUUUGAGCCUUUUUGAAGAGGAUAUUAUGUCCUACAUACCACUGCAGGCUGCCUUCCAUCCUGGUUACAGUUUCUCUCCUCGUUGUUCACCCUGCUCAUCACCUCAAAAUUCUCCAGGACUACAGCGAGCUAGUGCAAGAGCACCCUCUCCAUAUAGGAGGGACUUUGAAGCCAAGCUACGUAAUUUCUAUCGAAAACUUGAAGCCAAAGGAUACGGGCAAGGUCCAGGUAAAAUAAAGUGA